CCAUAUCUAGGGUUCUUCUUCCAAAAAAGACCCAUAGGAACCAGAGUCACCUUUGGCUGUGCUAACAGCUUCAUAGGACCUGCAUGGAGCUGAGUGCCGACCAAAGUCUGCAUGACAUUUAUUUCUGCUAUCACUGGGUUGGUUGGGUUAAUCAUUGCCAUCUCUUAUUUAGGUCGCAAGUAAGUCCAUGGAAUCUCAGAGCAAAUAUUUUAAAUACAAAUCAAUGAGGCUUCAAGGGACCCAAGAAAUGUAAAAUGAAGGCUUGGGUUCCCUUCCACCUCGACUCCUAGAACCAUAGGGUUCAGGGUAAUUGGAGACGACACACUCCUGUUUGUCUCGUCCCGCCUGCAGCUCCCACCAGCAGAUGCACCUAUCUGCCAAAACCACAAACCCAGGCUGCUGUACCUCAUGUCCAUACAUGUUGCAUUCAGAUAAGAACGAGGCACAACACUGACUAAUGCUGCUCCCUUUUUGGAAGGAAAAUGCCAAAAGCUGUUUGAGACAGAAGUGCCAGCAUUGCGUGAUCAGUGAACAGCCAGCAGCAAAAGUGGCAGCUCAAGCCUCUCCCAGUGUGUUCCUCCAGGAUGGGAGCUGUGUUCACACCCACCAGCAUCCGGCAUACAGAGCAGGGUGUAGGGAAGCAGUUGUGUCUUCUAUUCUGCCCGCUGUUCCUAACGUACCUAUGGCCUCUUUGUGCCCUCUGUCAGAAGAAAUCCUCAGCUGGAGUAGAUUUCAGUGGUGACAGAUUGAAGCUGUUUGACCAGAUGAUGGCACACAACUGUCGCUGAGACGCGGCACCUGUGGCUUCGCAGCGCUUUGGCUUUGGCCAUAUGUGGGAGCACUGCUGCCUUCUGGCUUGGCCUUGUUGCUGGGUGUUGGGAUGCAGAGCAGGGAUGAGGGAUGGGAAGGAGUGACUGAAGUAAGUGGUGUCCCCAGGAAGUUCUGUUCUGCUGUGUUUUACAGCCUAGGGAGAAGGUGAUCGGGGAAAAGGUGAUAUUCUGGUUUAUGGAAAAUAAACAUGGGGUAGCACUGCCAUGUGCACCGAGGAGGAGGAGGUUGGGCAGGUGUCUGCAAGAGUGAGGAGCGUGGGCCAUGCCAGAGGGGUAAAUGCAUGUGGAUUUCUUUGAGGUACUUUCUGAAGGGAAUUCUCUGGCUCUGCAUUCAGGUUAGCCUGGUGACAUGAGGCUAGGCGACAGACACUUCUCUGUUCAUCCGCUGUCAUGGGGGAUGUUUGGGUUCUGAUGUUCCCCAUAGAAAGCUGUAGGACAGGGCACCCCAUGGGAGCACACACUGUGCCUGGGGACCCAAAACGAGCCCUGAACCCCACAGUGUAGCCGGGUCUUCUGAGUCCCCAGGGUACCCCCCCGGGAUGCUGGGCCAGCUCCAGCGGCUCGGAGCCUGGCAGGGGGGCUCUCCCCAGCCCCAGCAUCUGGACGCCGGCCGCGGAUGUCAGUCCGGGCUGGAGGGAUCGUUCCCGGCUGGGAGGAGCCAGCAGCAGCCGGAGCUGCUGUAAACAGUGCGGGCACCGCCGGCGGCUGGAAGAUGGAUAUAAAUAGGGAGGCAGAGGGGAGGCAGCCGGAGUGGAGGAGCGGGAGCUGCCUGCGCCUGCCUGCCCCUACCUCUGCCUCUGUCCUUGCCCAGCAGCCGUGUCGGGAGCUCCCGGGAGGCGGCCGCCAAAGUUUGCGGCCCCGCGCUGCCGGCAUUGGGUAUCCAAGGUAUCUACCCAGAGAAAUCGUGAAGAAUGGCUCUACCUACCUCCAAGUAUCUGGCUGAAAGCCUUGUUUUUUUUCUUCUAGUAGCGUCUUCUGCAAGCACAGCAGAAGCAGCUGUGGCAUGUCCUGACAAGGAUCCUGAGCUAGAAAUCUGGAACCCAGGUCACAACGAAGAAAACCACAUCGAAAUCCGCAAUGGCAGGAAGCUCCUCCUCUCAUCUUCAGCAACUGUCCGCUCAAUCCACAUCAUGGAUGGAGGAAAACUGAUCAUUAAAGACGAUGUACAGCCUAUCAUUUUGCGUACUAGAUAUAUACUCAUUGAAAAUAAUGGAGAGUUACGGAUCGGCAGUGAGAUGUGCCCUUACCAAGGCAAUGUGGUUAUCAUCUUAUACGGGAGAGCGGAUGACGGCAGCGAGCCCAAUCCCUACUUUGGGCGGAAGUACAUUGGUGUGAGUGAGGGUGGCAUUCUUGAGAUCCAUGGCAAGAAAAAGCUGUCCUGGACUUUCUUAAACAAGACUCUUCAUCCUGGUGGCAUGGAAGAAGGCGGAUAUUACUUUGAAAGGAGCUGGGGCCAUCGGGGUGUCAUUGUCCAUGUGAUUGACCCAAAGAUGGGGGCCGUUGUCCAUUCAGACAGAUUUGAUACCUACCGAGCAAAAGAGGAAAGCAAACGUCUUGCCCAGUAUUUGGACAGAGUUGCGAAUGGCAUGAUCCUGUCAGUAGCAGUGAACGACGAGGGAUCCAGAAACUUGGACGACUCAGCCAGGAAAGCAAUGACCAAACUGGGCAGCAAGCAUUUCCUCCACCUUGGGUUUAGGCAUCCAUGGAGUUUUAUCACCGUUAAAGGAAAUCCCUCCUCUUCUGUUGAAGACCACAUUGAAUAUCAAGGUCACAAAGGGUCAGCUGUGGCCAAAGUAUUCAAACUAUUCAAAGCUGAGAAUGGAGAACUCUUUAAUGUCUCUUCGACUAGUGAGUGGGUUCAAGAUGUAGAAUGGACAGAGUGGUUUGAGAAGCCCGAGAAAGCAAGAUCUAAAGACAUGGAGAAGCUUUCUGACUUCAAAGCUGCUCACCCCGAUAAAAUCUGUAGGCAGCCCAUUGACAUCCAGGCAGAGACCCUCGAUGGAACUAUUUUAACCACUGAGGUUUUCUACAAGAACGGCCACGACUAUCGGUUUCUUUGCCAUGGCAAGGACCAGACAGGUGAAGGUUGCCAGAACUACAGAGUGCGGUUCCUGUGUGGCAGCUCUGUGAAACCAAAGCUUACAGUAACCAUUGACACCAACGUGAACAGCACGGUGCUGAAUCUGGUGGAUGAUGUGAGCUCAUGGGAGCCUGGAGACAGGAUUGUGGUUGCAAGCACUGACUACUCCAUGUACCAGGCGGAGGAGUUCCAAGUACUGCCAUGCCCAUCUUGCAGACCCACCCAGGUCAAGGUUGCAGGGAAAGCAGCGUACCUCCACGUUGGCGAAGUCAUUGAUGGCGUCGACAUGCGGGCAGAAGUGGGGCUGCUGAGCAGGAACGUUGUGAUCAUGGGCGAGAUGGAGGGGCAGUGCUAUGAGUACAGCAGCAAGUUGUGCUCCUUCUUUGAUUUCGACACCUUUGGGGGACACAUCAAGAUCGGUCUUGAUUUUAAGGCUACCCAUCUUGAAGGUCUAGAACUGAAAUAUAUGGGCCAGCAGACAAUGGGACAUUACCCAAUUCACUUCCACAUGGCUGGAGAUGUAGACGAGAAAGGAGGCUACAACCCUCCAACAUAUGUGAAGGAUGUCUCCAUCCACCAUACCUUCUCCCGCUGUGUCACAAUCCACGGAUCCAAUGGUUUGCUGGUGAAGGAUGUUGUGGGUUAUGAUGCACUGGGCCAUUGUUUCUUUACGGAGGAUGGACCAGAAGAGCGCAACACAUUUGAUCACUGCCUUGGACUGCUUGUUAAACCCAGCACUCUGCUCCCUUCUGACCGAGACAGCAGGAUGUGCAAACUGAUCACAGAGGGUGCUUACCCAGGGUACAUCCCUAAACCCAGGCAAGACUGUAGCGCUGUAUCCACCUUUUGGAUAGCCAACCCACACAACAACCUUAUAAACUGUGCAGCUGCGGGGUCUGAAGAAACAGGCUUUUGGUUUGUUCUGCACCACGUGCCAACGGGGCCCUCGGCGGGCAUGUAUUCCCCCGGCUACUCGGAGCACAUGCCGAUGGGGAGAUUUUCCAACAACCGCGCACAUUCCAACUACCGAGCUGGAAUGAUCAUCGAUAACGGUGUUAAAACCACUCCUGCCUCAGCCAAGGACAAAAGGCCCAUUCUGACACUGAUUUCUGGGAGAUACAGCCCACACAAAGACGCUGAUCCUUUGAAGCCCAGGGAACCUGCAAUAAUUGAGCGCUUUAUUGCCUACAAGAACCAGGAUCACGGGGCCUGGCUGCGGGGCGGAGAUGUGUGGCUGGACAACUGCCAAUUUGCAGACAACGGCAUUGGGCUGACCCUGGCAAGCGGUGGGACCUUCCCUCACGAUGAUGGGUCUAAGCAAGAAAUCAAGAACAGCUUGUUUGUUGGUGAGAGUGGAAACCUGGGCACCGAGACGAUGGACAAUGAGAUCUGGGGACCUGGUGGCCUGGAUCACAGGGGCAGGACCCUGCCCAUUGGCCCGAAUUUUCCCAUUCGAGGCAUUCAGUUCUACGAUGGCCCAAUCAAUGUCCAGAACUGCACCUUCCGCAAAUUUGCUGCCCUGGAUGGUAGGCACACGAGUGCCUUGGCCUUCAGGCUCAACAAUGCCUGGCAGAGCUGCCCAAACAACAACGUCACUGACAUUCAUUUUGAAGACGUCCCUAUUACCUCAAGGGUCUUCUUUGGAGAACCUGGACCCUGGUUCAAUGAUCUGGAUAUGGAUGGUGAUAAAACAUCUGUUUUUCAUGACGUAGAUGGUUCUGUGUCUGAAUAUCCAGGCUCUUACCUGAUAAAAGAAGAUAAUUGGUUAAUCAAACACCCAGACUGCAUUGAUGUGCCUGACUGGAGAGGUUCUAUCUGCAGUGGACACUAUGCACAGAUAUACAUCCAAGCCUACAAGCCAGCCAACCUCAAAAUGAAAAUAAUAAAAAAUGACUACCACAAUCACCCACUCUACUUGGAAGGGGCUUUGAGCAAAAGCACUCAUUACCAGCAAUAUCAGCCAGUUAUAACUCUGAGGAAAGGCUACACCAUUCACUGGGACAAGACAGCCCCUGAAGAGCUGACCAUAUGGCUCAUCAACUUCAACAAGAACGACUGGAUCCAAGUAGGGUUUUGUUAUCCUAAAGGGUCGACAUUUUCCAUUCUCUCAGACAUCCACAAUCGUCUCUUGAAGAAAACAAUCAAAACUGGAACCUUUUAUAGGGUAUCUCAAAUGGAGAAACUGGAGUACAGAUAUCCUAGCAAAGGAUACUACUACUGGGAUGAGGACACUGGGCUGCUGUUUCUGAAACUUAAAGCUCAAAAUGAGAAGGAGAAAUUUGCUUUCUGCUCUGUCAAAGGCUGUGAACGAAUAAGGAUCAAAGCUAUGAUUCCAAAGACUGCUGGUGUCAGUGACUGUCAAGCCAUGGCUUACCCCAAGUACAUUGAGACGCCUGUAGUAGAAGUGCCAAUGCCUAAGAAGCUGUCUACUGUACAGCUGAAAACGAAGGACCACCUACUAGAAGUGAAAAUAGAAACUUAUAAGAAACAAUACUUCCACCUGAAGGAUGACUAUGCAUACAUUGAGGUUGAUGGUGUAAGGUAUUUCCUCACCGAAGAGGGUAUUCAGCUGAUAGUGAUCGAUGGACAUCAUGGGAAAGUAGUUGAUCGAGUAACAUUCAAAAACUCAAUUCUACAAGGAAUCCCAGCACAGAUAGAAAACUAUGUCAACAACAUCAGAAAUCACUCUAUAGUGCUGGUGACAUCUAAAGGAAGAUUCAUUUCAAGAGGACCAUGGACUAAAGUACUGGAGAAACUUGGAGCUGAAAAAGGUUUUAGUUUAAAAGAAAAAAUGGCUUUUGUUGGAUUCAAAGGCAGCUUCCGUCCUGUCUGGGUGAAGCUGGUCACUAAUGAGGACUCAGCUAAAAUCUACCAAGCACUGCCAAUUCCUGUGGUGAAGAAAAUGAAGUUGUGAGGACGCAAAGCUUUGCCUUCUUCUGGCUGCCAGCACUGCCCCACUGGGAUGGACUACUGACUGUUCAUGACAGGCACAUUACAGUGUGCUCCAGAAGCGUAGCGUUUUGUUGUUGUCGUUGUUCAAAAAAAGAAAUCUUACUGUAAGUAGCUAAAGUGGCCGCAUGUGAUGGAAACGCAUUCCUCUGUGAUCAGCGCGUGUUCUGUGAUCGUCGGCACUUCGCCAGUUGACUUCCAUUGAUGUUGACGCUCAUGUCACUAAGCAAGGUUUGACCUGAUCUGCAAGCUGCUGGUUUUAUCAGCACGCCUAUGGCGUGUUGUCUCUGGAAAGGUGAGAUCUAGGGCUAAAGGCCACUGAGGAUUGUUGUUUGUACCAACCUCUAACUCGUCCAAACACUUUUCUUUCCCCCGGAGUAACCAGCCAACUCAAAGCCUUGAAAAUCUAAGGUAGAAGGUGUGGAUUUGAAUGACUACUUAGAUGCUAGGAAAUGUAACUGGACAGCAAGACUGUACCUUAAAUUUUCUGUGACAACUUAUCAAGCUCUUCGGGAUCUGUGUUGUACAUACAUGGCACAUAGUUGGGGAACAGAGGGGAGAGGAGUUAAGCAAGUGUACAAGAAGAGACUGAUGCAACCACAUCUUUCUGCUUGUUCAGAAAACCGUGGUUCUCCUGUACCUUCAGGUCUUUUAAUAGUGGUUUCUCAAAUGGGAGGUUUUCCUUCAACAGCAGCCAUAGUCUAGAAGAAAAGACCUGUCAGUCAGCACCAACAAUUCCAUCCCUUUCUCUUCAGUCUGACCAUAUAUAUAUUCAGGACCAAUCUAGAAGGUGUAUGGUAGACAGUCAAAAAGGACAUCCUGUUCAAGAUUUCCAGUCCUCAGCUGGGAAUACUGAGACUUGUGUUUCUCAGCUACAAAUGGGUUGAGCAGCACUUACCUUUCCAGAUUGGGUCAGUCUCUUGGGUGUUACUUUCCAGCCAAGUCCUUGGCCUUUGGACCAUGAGUAUCUUGACCUCCUGGAAGAGUUAUGUGAGUGGAAGGUGACAGAGGUAGAAGUCUUUGAGGUCUUACCAGAUAGCUGAAGAAUUAGACUGGGAAUCCCCAUAUGCUAGUUGGAUGUUGUGUACCUGCUUCCCCUUUCCUUCAAAGCAUUAGGCUGGUAAUAAAGGCAGAUCAGUGAGAGUCAGGACUCCUGCACAGACAUUUCCUGAAGGUGGGAAAUUAAGCAUUGUCUUGUAAAAUAUUUUAAGCACUUCUGAUGUUCAGUGACGUUUCUGUUUGUUGCUCAGAAAUGCCAUGAAAGCGUAUGCAGAGGCAGUGGCUGUUAUAAAGAGGUUUAAGAGAGAAGUUUUAAAAGUAAAUAUGAAAGUCAAUUUUCCCAAUAUCUGGGUUUGUUUCCCCUCUUUGUCUCUCCCUGUCCAUAUUACUACAGAAAUUAUUCUGACUGCUGAUAAUUACUUCAUUUUGCUGUUUUAAUUAGAACUCCAGUAACUAAAUUGCUCCCCC